UACUUUCUUUCCUCUUCUUUUCUUGUUCAUCUUCACAAGGUUUGUGCUUCGAUUUCUCUUUCAAUUCUACUGUCUAGUCGGCGAUUCUCUCGUUUAUUUGGAACCCUCAUAAAAAGUAUCGAUGAUCGAUAUGAGUUUCUAUCUGUGAAUCUACGGAGAAUGGCGAAGAGUUACUUUAAGCAAGAGCAUGAUUUGGAGAAGAGGCGAGCAGAGGCUGCUAGAAUUAGAGAGAAAUACCCAGAUAGGAUUCCGGUGAUUGUGGAGAAAUCUGAGAGAACUGACAUACCAAACAUUGACAAGAAGAAGUACCUUGUACCAGCUGACCUGACUGUUGGACAAUUUGUCUAUGUUAUCCGCAAAAGGAUCAAACUAAGUGCAGAAAAAGCAAUCUUUAUAUUUGUGGACAAUGUCCUCCCUCCUACAGGUGCAAUCAUGUCUGCCAUAUAUGAGGAGAAGAAAGAUGAAGACGGGUUUCUCUAUGUCACUUACAGUGGAGAGAACACAUUUGGUUAUGAGAGUUCACAGUAGCUCUUGUCAUUCCCUGUUUGUUUCAAUCAAUUUCAGAUUUGCCUUCUUCAUCAUGGUGUUUCCUUUUCUGCAUUGCCCCUAUUAAAUAAACUAUUCUAAUGGUAUCGUGUACAGUUCUAUAUUGUAUAUAAGCAACAAAAACGAAGCUCCAUAUUAAGAAUUAAUUGCAGUUAUGUUGAGAUAUCCAUA